GCCCUGGCCAGCGCGCAGCCUUCCCAGCACCGGCAAGCAGGGUCUUGGGAAUUCUCACUUGCUUCGGCUCAUUCUCUUUCGCAAAAACCACUGGAUCUUACAUGCUUCUGUAACCCCCACUUCCACUCCAUGUCCCCAUGAUCCUGUGCCAGCAACAGGACAAGUUCUCUGGAUGUCAUCUGAGUUACUAAGGUAACUCUGCUGGUCAAAAGAACCCCAAGGUUCUUGGAAGCAUCCAUCUCUCCUCAUUAAUAUAUAUAUAUUAAUUAUAUAUAUAUAAUUUUUUUUGGUGUGUCUUCACCGAACAUUCAAAACUGUUUCUUCAAAGGGUUUUGCAAAAACUCAGACUGUUUUCUAAAGCAGAAACACUGGCGUCCCCAGCGGAAGCAAUGGGUAGUGUGCGAACCAACCGCUACAGCAUCGUCUCCUCGGAGGAAGAUGGCAUGAAGCUGGCCACCAUGGCAGUCGCCAAUGGCUUCGGGAAUGGCAAGAGUAAAGUCCAUACCCGACAACAGUGCAGGAGCCGCUUUGUGAAGAAAGAUGGGCAUUGCAACGUUCAGUUUAUCAACGUGGGUGAGAAGGGACAGAGGUACCUGGCAGACAUCUUUACUACCUGUGUCGACAUCCGCUGGAGGUGGAUGCUGGUUAUCUUCUGUCUCGCCUUCGUGCUCUCCUGGCUGUUCUUCGGCUGUGUGUUUUGGUUGAUAGCUCUGCUCCACGGGGAUCUGGAUACUUCUAAAGUGAGCAAAGCAUGCGUAUCUGAGGUCAACAGCUUCACAGCUGCCUUUCUCUUCUCCAUCGAGACCCAGACAACCAUCGGCUAUGGUUUCAGGUGUGUGACAGACGAGUGCCCAAUUGCUGUCUUCAUGGUGGUUUUCCAGUCAAUCGUGGGCUGCAUCAUUGAUGCCUUCAUCAUCGGCGCAGUCAUGGCGAAGAUGGCAAAGCCAAAGAAGAGAAAUGAGACUCUUGUCUUCAGUCACAAUGCUGUGAUUGCCAUGAGGGACGGCAAACUCUGCUUGAUGUGGAGAGUGGGUAACCUUCGAAAGAGCCACCUCGUGGAAGCUCAUGUCCGGGCACAGCUUCUCAAAUCUAGGAUCACUUCAGAAGGGGAGUAUAUCCCCUUGGACCAGAUAGACAUCAAUGUUGGUUUCGAUAGCGGAAUUGACCGCAUAUUUCUAGUGUCCCCCAUCACUAUCGUCCACGAAAUAGAUGAAGACAGCCCUUUAUAUGACUUGAGUAAGCAGGACAUUGACAAUGCAGACUUUGAAAUUGUUGUCAUACUGGAAGGCAUGGUGGAAGCCACUGCCAUGACAACUCAAUGCCGGAGUUCAUAUCUGGCCAAUGAAAUUCUCUGGGGUCACCGCUAUGAGCCAGUGCUCUUUGAAGAGAAACAUUACUAUAAAGUAGACUAUUCAAGAUUCCAUAAGACUUACGAAGUACCUAACACCCCUCUUUGUAGUGCCAGAGACUUAGCAGAGAAGAAAUACAUCCUUUCAAAUGCAAAUUCAUUUUGCUAUGAAAAUGAAGUUGCCCUAACAAGCAAAGAGGAAGAGGAUAGUGAGAACGGAGUUCCAGAGAGUACAAGUACAGACUCACCUCCUGGCAUAGAUCUCCACAACCAGGCAAGCUUACCUCUAGAGCCCAGGCCCUUAAGGCGAGAAUCGGAGAUAUGACUGGCUGAUUCUGUCUUCGGAAUACUUACUGCGCUACACAGUCUGAUGUUGGUCAGAGGUCCGAGACAGUUAUACAGACCAUGGUACUGGUCGAGAGGUGGGUGAAGGCAAGCAGCCACAAGAGACUAAGGCUAACACAAAGGUUUCAAGGAAAGACUAAGCUGGAUGACUGAUGUAAAGUGCUUUGCAGGCCUCCAAGAGACAUGAUGGCACAUAUCUGUUGUAGUAUAAGUUAUGGGGUUUUUAAUGUAUUGUUUUGUGUUUUUACAAAACUUGAAUAUGCAGGCAAGCCUCGGUUUGGGUACAUGACUUACCUGGAAUGCUUCUCUUUAGGGGAACAAGAGUGAUUUUAAUGGCAUAACAUAGGCAAGACUCUGCCUUAAUUUUUUGAAAAGCUGCUAACUACAUGAACACGAACUGUAUUUUUGUUGCAGUGUAGUUUAUCUUUUACAUAACGUUAAAACGUCAGUGUUGAGCAUUGUUGAAAGCGCACAGUGUGCUUUAAAGCAUCAAGUAUUUGGCUAUUAACUGCCAAAAAAUGAAAGCCUGAUUUUCUGAGGCCAGUAAUUUGUUUGCUAAAAUUGAUCUCUCUGUCAGUCUCUCUCUGUCUCUGUCUCUCUGUCUGUCUGUCUGUCUCUCUCUCUCUCUCAUUACAUAAUAGCAUUAUAUAACACUAGCCAAAUGGUAGCCUCUGGGUUUUAUACUUUUCUUUUUCACAAUGCUAAUAGGUUAUCUCAAACUUUCAGUUAGACUAUCUUAAAUGAAUACCAAAGAUAAUGCUUUUUUUUUUUAUUUUUUUUGCACGUGGAGGUUAUAUAUUUUAAAAGAAACAAAACCCCUCCAUUGAUUGUCUUGGAAAUCCAGAGACACGAUCUUUGAACUUCAGCAGGCUAUGAAGCAGCCCAUUCAUUUUUACAUUAUAGUCUGAAAAGAACACCAAAGUCUGAUCAAUGUAGUGUGUUUUUGAGUCUGUUCUUUCGUGCUUCUUUCUUAUUUGGAGGGGAGGGGGGAAGCAUAGGUCCCAGUUACACAUGCACUAUACCAAUCUCCUUCUUUCCCUGAUAGGCAGUGCUGGUCAGGAUAAUGUACUCAAAGUGGGGUGGGGAGAGGGGGGGUUGGACUUUUCUGGGCUUUUCUCUCUUAGCACAUUCCAAAGUUUGUUCCAUAAGAUCAGAUCUUGGUUGAACUUUGUUGGUAACCUGGCACCUUCCAAACUGUCACCCAGCAGGGAAGAUGAACAGAUUUCAAAUUUUGCAGCUGAGUCAUAGCCUUGACUGCCAGGGCAUUUCUAGCUCAGUGUCACAUUAAGAAAGAAGCUGGCUUCUAGGCUUUUCGUUCUGAGGUCGAGAGAGAGAGAGAGAGAGAGAGAGAGAGAGAGAGAGAGAGAGAGAGAGAGAGAGAGAGAGAGAGACCUUUUUCAUGACAGAGGGUAAGAGGGUCUGUUUCAGUAUUUUAGGUCUUAGUGAGCCAUAUAAACACAACAUAAUUACAAGCUAAGGAGUUAACGAGUCUAAAGGGUUAUUUCUCUCUCUGUAAGCAUUCAUGAUUAAUGCCAGUGGGUCAUUGUCUCUUGGAAAGUCUCAGAGCAGGUUGCCAAGGACACAUUAUUUUCUAGAAGCCUCUUUUACCAAUUCACCUGUCUUUAUAGAAACCUCUCUCCCUUCCCCCCAACGCUAGCUCAAUCAUGCAAUUCUCCCUCCCUUUCUUUUCUCUUGGUUUUAACGUUCUCUACUUGUAAACCCUGGGGCUGCUGAGUUUCCUUUUUAGUUGGCAUCUCAAAAAUCAACCCUCUAAUGGUAUUACACCCUAAUAUGCCAUUAAAAAUCAGCUUGUUCUAGAACCAUGUAUUUUACUUCGGCUGAUGUUUGUGCCGGUCUGUGGCUUGUGAGCCUCUGUAUCUGGAUGCAGUGCCUGUAAGAAACGUUGACAAUUUCUGCUGUUUUCAACUUUCUAAGUCAAUGGAUUUGAAAACUGUUGGUGUUAUGGAAAUCAAGAGAGAAGCGUCAAGAAAGUGUACAUCCGGGUUUUAAGGCAAGGUUGCAAGUUGCUUAAAGAGUUUGCCGGGUUGGGGACAGGGAGAAGUCACAGGAGAGAACACAGACUGGCUUCUGACAGUGUGAGGCUAUGGAAGGCUUCAGAUGCUGCUAUUAAGGUGAUUUGCAAAGUAAAGUAAUCAAACCAAAGAGUAUUCAGUGGAAUGUCAAUCAAAUGAAUAUGCAGUAGAGAGUGGGGGUGACAACCUGGACUGACCCCAAACACAAAAAGACUUGAGUUAUUUGAAAAGAGGGAGGGGGUGGGU